AAUGAUACGGUUGCCUUCGUCUGGCGCGUUUAAAAAGUUGGCGGGCAGGAAAGUGUGAAAAUAUUUUUUAAUCUGUUGUUUUUUGUGAUAUUAUAAAAUUGAUUGAUGGCAUUGAAUUUGCAAAAUUAUUUUUGUUUUUAAGUGUUUUUUUUUCUUGUUUCUGUGUGUUGUUCCCGAGUUUGGAACUUUGAUCGGGAAUGAAAAAAGACAAGGCAAAAAAAUAAGUCUCACAAUGUAUUUCGUAAAUAAAAUUACGAUACUCCUUGUUGGCAUUACUCUUAUUGCUAAAAUAGAGACAAUUGGCGCAGACAAAUACGAUGAAGAAUCGAAUAUAGAUCUCAAAUAUAAUAAAAAUGAAAAACGACUCAAAAGAUCAGAGAACGCAGUGGACAACAUGACAACAACAGAAGUAACACCACUAGAGAAUGUAACAGAAGAAUGCAUAGGACAAAAGGAAUUUUGUAACUUAUCUCGAGAGGAAUACGUCACAAUGUUGAAUGAAUAUAUUUAUCCGCAUACGUACGAAUGGGUUUUGAUUGGCACGCACACUCUGGUAUUUAUCACGGGAUUGGUGGGAAAUGCUUUAGUGUGUGUUGCGGUGUAUAGAAAUCACAGUAUGAGAACUGUGACGAACUAUUUUAUUGUAAAUCUGGCUGUGGCGGAUUUCAUGGUAAUCCUCUUUUGUUUGCCUGCCACCGUUCUAUGGGAUGUUACUGAGACCUGGUUCCUGGGAGAUGUGCUGUGCAAAAUGCUGCUGUAUUUCCAGUCAGUAUCAGUGACAGUGUCGGUGCUGACGCUGACUUUCAUCUCCGUGGACCGCUGGUACGCCAUCUGCUUCCCGCUCAAGUUCAAGUCCACCACGGGACGUGCUAAGACCGCCAUACUUGUUAUAUGGACGUUGGCUUUGACUUUCAAUGCUCCAGAGCUGGUUGUACUAACUACAGAAAAGUCAGUACCCCUACGCUUCGAGCUAGAAUACCUAGUCCAGUGCAUCGCAACCUGGUCUUCAAAUAGCGACCUCGUGUGGCACAUCAUUAAAGUCAUUUUCAUUUACACACUUCCACUACUGCUGAUGACCGUGGCGUAUUACCAGAUAGUGAAGGUGCUUUGGCGAUCAGAGAAGAUACCGGGACAAGCAGAAACUAUCAAGUUGGCACCGGCUGAACAAACUCAAUUGCGUUCAAGAAGAAAGGCAGCGAAGAUGUUGGUCGCCGUGGUCGUCAUGUUCGCUGUCUGCUACUUCCCUGUCCACCUCCUAUCAGUACUCAGAUACACCCUUGAUAUGGAACAGUCGGAUGUGAUCACCUGUCUCGCUCUGAUCUCCCAUGUGAUGUGCUACGCGAAUUCUGCUAUCAAUCCUUUGAUCUACAACUUUAUGAGUGGAAAAUUUCGCCGUGAAUUUCGUCGAGCGUUCUGCUGCUCUACGGCGAGUGAUUUAGAGACCUUCACAACUUUGACCCGCAUCACGACCUCAAAGAAGCGACCUUGUGACCUUAUGACCUUUGACACUAAGGCCCAAGGUCGAAAUGUGUGUAACACUACCUUUAUUCAUAAUAGUUAUAAGGACAGGUACAUACUAACAUAAUUAGUUUAAUUUGUUGGUUUGGAAUUAAUUUUAAGUACAUAUCGAAGUAACUUGGUGUUAAUGUAAGUCAUUACAAUCAUAGUUUAUGAAUUUUUGAAAUAUGACCUAUAAUACAUAAUUAUGUUUAUUUAUACGUUAGUUCACAAAUUUGUGCCAUGAGAUUGGACAGAAGAGCUACAAAAUGCCACAUCAUAUUAUAUACAAGAAGCGGUUCGUGGGCGUUCAUUUAAGGGUGGGCUGUCUUCCAUUGCAAUCCGUGAAAAAACCCUCGGUUUAUAAUCUCUUGGUUUGGUAAAGCAGGUCUCACUAUAAUUCAACUUAAAAUAAACAGUAAUUUCUUGGAACUUCUACGGCAUAUACUUCUUUAGCGUCCAUCACAUCACACAUACAUAUCUCGGAACAGAGGGUUUGUUUUACGGUUAACGAGAUCGAAUGAGACCACGUUCAGCGCUUA